CGAUAGGUAGGCACACCCCACACGUCGUUGCUGCCUACCUUCGUUCUAUCGUGUGAUCCCUGAUCCGGAUUCAUCUAGUUCAUCUCCGUCCUCCACACUCGGUCGCCUCAACUGCGCCCCGUGAUCCCGAUGUCGAGGACUUCCCCAUCUCUCCAGCACCUCCCUUCCCACCCAGACCAAUCUAGGAUACGCCCUCCGCGGCAUCGAAGGAGCGUGACAAUGUCGACCGCCGCGGCGAUGCAAGUCGGCGAGGCGGCGACUUGCCGGACCAGAUGUUGCGGAACCUUCUCGAGCAGGAGAGUCUUCAUCGGAGGCAAGACCACAUCCAGCUCGUUCAACUCCAUCCUCGUAGCCGCCGUCCACUUGUUCGUGCUUUGUCCACUGAUUCCGCCUGUACCACAUCCUCGCCAAGGACUCCAACCUCAAUGCCCAUGGUAUGCAGUACUACUUUCUGAUUUGUGGUUGGUUGAUGGAACCUGUAUAUUCCAAUCCUUUGGAAUAGAGAUUCUACUUGUGCUUAGUAAUAUGGUGGAUUUCAUCUUAUACCUGAAGGACAAUUUUUUUUACAUAUUCAGCUUUGGGAGAAAGUUCAGGGCAUAUAUAGCAGGCUACUUCUGUAGGAGAGCUGAAUUCUAUGGUUGGGACUGUAAAAAGGUGUUCAAAUUAUGAUAUAUCAAAGCCCUUCACAGAUGAUGAUGUAUGUUGGAUGAUGGAAUGAUUAUUCUGUUCCGGUCCUUGCUUUGACUUGGUUGUUCAGAGAAGUAAAACUUCAACUAACAUGUUUAGUGAAGCAACAUAUUGUAUCUGAAGUGAAACUUUCUCUUUGAUAUGGAAAUGUGAGCAUCAAACUAACAUCCAUCUAAGAUAAGAUUGCCAAGAUAUAUUGAUGAUCCAUGGCUCAGAAGUUGACUGCAAGAUCGAGAAGGUGGCUACUACUAGAUAGUUUUAGAUUAGGUUAUUAGAAUGUCAUUCAGGUCAAUGUUUCAAACGUUAUGUUUUAGAUGGCUGACAUGUUGAUUGCAAGGUUGAGAAUCAGACUACUACUAGAUAGUUUCACAUACUAUAAUCUUUGUAUCACGUUCUUUGUAAAGCAACCAAGUUGAUUUAAUAUAUGUGACCUUUCUAAUUA